CGAAUUUUGAUUAGCCCAUUGGCUGAAGGUGUUGGAAUGGAUGCACAUAAAUUACUAAUUUUAUUGCCUAUUCUUUUAUUUUGAAUGUUCAUAUGAAGGUUAUAUGACUGAUUUCGACUAAUUUUUAAUUUAUCGUCUAUAGUAUUCUGCACGAUUGAUUGUUAUGCGUCAGAGGUGGUAAAACUAAGGCAUGAAGACCGCAAAUCUUUUUUGAAGUCAUUUGGAAUUAUGCGUAGAAAUGGUCAGAAGUGAAAUCGUAUUAAAGAAACAUGGUACUUAUACUAAAGUUUCAGGAAAUAGUGUUUAAAAUUAAACUUGAGGAAUUUAAGUAUAGUCAGUUCUUAACAUUAAACACACAAGUGGUUUCAUUGGAAACUGAUCAGGAAUAUGAUCGCCAGAUUUCAGCGCUCAAUUAUAAAUUUCCACGAUGUUUUAAGGAUUUCAAAACACGUGAAUCACAGUAUAAUUUACUGGAUAUUUCAUUUGCUGCUGAUAUUAAUGGAGUUAAUUGUGAUCUUCAGUUUGAGUUAAUAGAGCUACAGGGUGAUAGGGGCCUGAAUGGACGUUACGAAUGUGCAAAAUUGACUAAAUUAUAUACGUAAAGUUAACAGAGGUUAAAUUUUACAACCUGAAAAUUUUUUCACGUGAAAUGUUCUCUCUUUAGGUUGAUUUAUAUUUGUGAGCCGGCGUUUUUAUGUAUAAAUUUAAAUAAGUCAAUAUUUUAGAACUGGGAAGGAUAGCUCAGGACAGAGUUGGAUGGAGAGUGCUGGCGGCCUAUGCUCCUUCACGA